GACAGCGUGGGAAACCGGAGGAAGCAGCCGCCAACCAGCCAGUCCCCGCCCAGCGCGUUUGGGUUCGCGGUGCGGCCCCUUUAAGAGCAGGCCACGUCCCCGCCCUCCUCCUGGCGGGGCCGGCGGUCGGCGGCGGCCGCUACGGUGCUGACAAGAUGGCGGCUGGCGGGGCUGUUGCUGCGGCGCCCGAGUGCCGGCUUCUGCCCUACGCGCUGCACAAGUGGAGCUCCUUCUCCUCCACCUACCUUCCCGAGAACAUUUUAGUGGAUAAACCAAAUGACCAGUCUUCCAGAUGGUCUUCAGAGAGCAACUAUCCUCCCCAGUACUUGAUUCUGAAGCUUGAAAGGCCUGCUAUAGUUCAGAAUAUUACAUUUGGAAAGUAUGAGAAAACCCAUGUCUGCAAUUUGAAGAAAUUCAAAGUCUUUGGUGGAAUGAAUGAAGAAAAUAUGACAGAACUGCUGUCUAGUGGCUUGAAGAAUGAUUAUAACAAAGAGACAUUUACCUUGAAACAUAAAAUUGAUGAACAGAUGUUCCCUUGUCGAUUCAUUAAAAUUGUUCCACUUCUUUCCUGGGGGCCCAGCUUUAAUUUUAGCAUCUGGUAUGUUGAGCUUAGUGGCAUUGAUGACCCCGAUAUAGUGCAGCCCUGUCUGAACUGGUACAGCAAGUACCGCGAACAAGAAGCCAUUCGCCUUUGUCUAAAACACUUCAGACAACACAACUAUACAGAGGCUUUUGAAUCCCUGCAAAAGAAAACCAAGAUUGCACUGGAACAUCCAAUGCUGACAGAUAUGCACGACAAAUUGGUCUUGAAGGGUGACUUUGAUGCUUGCGAAGAGUUGAUUGAGAAAGCUGUAAAUGGUAAGAAACUUAGAAACUUGGAUUAUUAGGAUAAUUUCAGUAUU